GGUUCUUCUCUCUAUUUGAACAAGUAUUCAUGGAAUAAAGUGGCAAAUAUUCUUUUUCUGGAAUCACCAGCUGGUGUUGGUUUCUCUUAUACAAAUACAAGCUCUGAUCUUAAGGAUUCUGGAGAUAAAAGAACAGCUCAGGAUGCACUAAUUUUCCUCACAAGAUGGAUGUCAAGAUUUCCACAGUAUAAAUAUAGAGAUUUCUAUAUUUCUGGGGAGAGUUAUGCAGGGCAUUAUGUUCCCCAGUUGGCACAGGCCAUUGUCAAUUAUAACAAGAAAUUUCCACAUCCAAUCAUCAAUCUCAAAGGAAUUAUAGUAGGAAAUGCUGUUACUGAUAACAAAUAUGAUGGAAUAGGAACUGUUACAUACUGGUGGAGCCAUUCUAUGAUUUCAGACAAUACUUACAAAAAAAUCAUGCAUUCUUGCAAUUUCACAUCAGAAAAUUCCUCAAAGCAAUGUGAUAAUGCAGUUACUUAUGCUGUGAGCCAUGAAUUUGGUCAAAUUGAUCAGUACAGCAUUUACACACCAUCUUGCAAGGUAGAGCAGAAUGAAACUCAGAAAUAUGUUCGGUUCAAGAACACGAUUAUUCAUCGAAAGCUCUCGGGUUAUGAUCCGUGUACUGAGAAUUACGCAGAGAAAUAUUAUAAUCGCGCUGAUGUGCAGAAAGCCAUGCAUGCAAAUACCACAGGAAUUUCAUACAGUUGGACUGCAUGCAGUGACGUAUUGUUAAAGAAUUGGAAGGACUCUGAUGAUUCAAUGCUACCAAUCUAUAAGAAGCUAAUGGCUGCUGGUCUUAGAAUAUGGGUGUUCAGUGGGGAUACAGAUUCAGUGGUUCCAGUGACUGCCACAAGGUUCUCUCUAAGUCAUCUCAAUCUCAAGAUUAAAACUCCAUGGUAUCCUUGGUAUUCUGGAUCUCAGGUGGGAGGGUGGACAGAGGUGUAUGAUGGGCUUACAUUCGCGACGGUUAGAGGAGCUGGCCAUGAAGUUCCAUUGUUUCAGCCCAGAAGAGCAUUUAUUCUUUUUCAGUCAUUCUUAGCAGGCAAAGAAUUACCAAAAAAUUGAGUAAAUUCAUCAAGAUUGAAGCUUGAGAAGUUGAGAGGCAAAAGGCAAAAGGCAAAUUUAUAGCUCCUAAGAAAUUAUGGGAGUUUGAAAAUUAGAGUUAGAAUUGAUUCAUUUAAAAUUGUGUAUUUGAAACUCAUCAUUUCUCAUUUGACAAGAAAUGAUUCUCUAGGAGAAUCAGCUCUAUCUAAUAAUUUCUUCACACUG